AGUGUAUCUAUAACCCUACCCCCUACCCCCACUCCCAGGUGGGUCCUACCUUAGCUACACCUAUUCCCAAACAUACCCUAUUGCAAACUAUACAAUAGUUUUGAAGUCCUAUAUUAACUCUGACAAGGCCAUGUUGUCUUAAGACAAAACCUCAACAAAAUCUUGAGCUGCAUUGAAAAUGGCUGGUGUAUGGUCAAUCAGUAAUGGCGUCACACGAUUAGUCGAGAACCCCGGAGACCUUCCGUUCCCGAAUGUCCCCCGCCGCCGGAAAGUGCUGGUGCACGUGCCGAGUAACGAAGUUAUCACUUCGUAUAAUGUUCUUGCAGGGAAAUUAUCGUCACUUGGAUGGGAGAGGUAUUAUGAUGAUCCUGAUCUUCUCCAGUUUUGUAAGAGGUCUAGAAUUGAUCUCAUCUCUCUCCCCAGAGAUUUCAGCAAGUUUAAGUCCGUUCAUAUGUAUGACAUCUGCAUAAAGAAUCGCAACGAAUUUGAAGUUAGAGACAUACAAUAAUUUGACGUUAAUCCUUCCAGCCCACACAAGCCUUUAGGAUUGCUGCCAGAAGUGCACCACGUGCCUUCUUUUUUUGCCCUCGUUAGCCGAUAGAUUGUUUCCAAGUGUGUCUGUAACAAUUCUGGGGUCCCAUUUUCUGUACAUAUAGCAGCGUUGACAUACAUAUAAAGUAGUGUACUUAGGUGUUGUUCGGCAUUUGAGUCCUGUAAAAUGGGUAUAGAUGAUUCUGUAAUGGGAUUUUCUUACAUAUAUUUAUUUAUGAAUGUUGGGGAUUGAUUAAAAACCGAAUGAAAAAGAAGGAAUAUCGAAUGCUCGAAAUUAUAUGUAAUAUAGUGCUGCUGCACUUUUUAUGAUUGUAGAAGAGAAGAUAUU